UUUUUACUCGAAAACUCAAUUUUAGAACCGCCCAUUUUAAGUUUUAGAACUAGCCAUUUUAUAUUAGAACUACCCAUUUUGGAAAAUGGGAGACCUUGGGAUAACCCCUGGUAUGGUACCUUCCAUAAAACAUAUAAGUUAUGACAAUUUUAAGCGUGUUCUGUUUUUCUGUAGGCAGUUUUUGUCCGCGAACCAACAAGAAGACUGGAAGUGAAUGCGUUGAUGAAUGUCAGCCGUCAUUAGGUUGCAGCGAUACCAAGAAAGAAUGUCUCUGUGAUGGAAAUUGCGGAUAUAGUUGUGUCAAGAAAGGUGGGUCAUAAUGGGAAUGCAGCGAGCACUCAUUAUUACAGCAGGGGGAACGGGAUGCAGUGUUGUAGCAGGGUGGGAGAAGAGGGAGGGGGAGGGGACGUAGUUUUUUAUGAAAGAGUAACUGUCGCAUCCCUUACAAUCUUAGAAAUUGCGACACAGAUUUAGUGGUACCAAUGCCAAAAAUAUAUCUUAAGAAGAAAAGUAUUAAAUAUAAUGGUGACUAUAAAUGAUCAAUUAAUGCAAAAAAGGCCAAUAUUUUAAAUUACGUUUAUUAAAACAUAGACAUAGGAAGCAACUUCAAGCUGGAGGAGUACUACGUGUUAACGACAUUUUAUUGCACUAGAAACACUCUCAUUCUUUUAAGAGAAAGGAUACUUUACGAGGCGCACGUGCUUCUACUGUAUGCCGUCUGGUUCCUACCCUACUGGCUAAGAAGUAAAAACUGCAUGACAUGGACACGUGAUAGUUUGCCGACAAAACACCCGUUAAACUUAUCAGUUGUUGAAGCGAACAACAUUAUCAUGUAUCAUCGGCAUCGCGCUUUCUCUAAAGCCUGGUUCACACUAUAUAUAGGCUAGCCAUUUUUCCUGCGAUUUUCUGUUUCUGACGGAGCAAAUGAGUGAAUUCGAGCUCGCACACAAAAAUAUAUAGAUUCGCUUUUGAGAAGUAAACAAUUCUAACUAAAGUCUUUUGCAUGUUAUUAAUUCGAUCACAUUUGCCAGGAGGACAAAAGUCGCCGACAGAAUUGUUAGGAUGAACUAGGCUUGAAGACCUAUGUCCACGAUUAACCAUGAAAGCCACACUCUAUAAUAACUAAUUAUUCAUGCGCAAGCUCCUGGCAUUCUAAACGAAAUCUUGGAAAAUUCAUCCCCUUCGCAAUAUACCUAUAAUUUACAGAACUCAGAUUUUAAGUUUUUAUUAUUUGCCAAAACCAAAAACUGAGUAUAUCAAAAACAGUAUUAGUUAUAGACGGAUAGUUGUACUCAGCAAAAUAUCGGAAUGUCCUACCAUUCAAACUUUGCCGCAUCAUUAAUUUUUUUCACUGUGUCAAUUUCCAAUACUAGUCUGUCCUGAUAUUUCUAUUCUUUCUUGUUUGUAUUUGUAAUAUGUCAAUCUGCACCAGAAUUCAAGUCUGCGCAAGGAUUUCAAGUCGGCGAAGCCGAGGACUGGGUCAAAACGCGAGGACUUGAAAUCUAGGCCAGUCAGAAUUGGAGGAUUUGAAAUGACAUGUCGUACCAAUAAAUCACUGCUUCAAAGUGAGAUGAAUUAGCCUUUCACACGGUCGAUUUUGCGCCAUUCUGGGGGUACUGCCUCUCCCACGUUUGACAGUCUCCGCACCAAGAAAUGCGACUUUUUAGUAUUAUAGACGUUUGUAUAUAUAAUGGUAAAUUUACAGUUACAACUUUUGAAAGUCGCCUUUCGCGUUGUUCGAAUUGUUUAGAAUAUUUUACGAGGGAAGACAGUACCCCAAAAUGGCGUAUUUUGGCUUUUGUGAGAAAGGCUAAUUAAUUUUGAUUCAGUCGACCAAGGCCUGAAUUAAUUUCGAUUCAGUCCUAGGACUGGAUCAAUACACUUCACCGUGAGGUAUCUAGUUAGUUUCAUGUGAGCAAAAUAAAACAAUAUGGUUGGCUAAUUUACUCAUGAAUUAUUAAUGAGUUUAAUAUUUAUGUCUAAACGCCCCCUUGGAAAUCAGCAUUUAGCUGAAGGGGUUAGCGUGGAUAAAUAAAGUAUUAAUAAUAAUAAUAACAACAAGGACUGGAAAGAAUUUUCAAUAUUUUUUGUAGGUAUGCAGUGUUCUCCCCUGAAGAAACUACGAAAUGGAAGAAUAACGGGCAAAGCUAGGACAUUUAAUUCGACUAUGACGUUUGAGUGUAAUUCUAAGUACACACUAUUUGGUCCCAGUACUCGGAGGUGUCGCGCGAAAGGACUCUGGGAUGGCAAGAAAUCUAGAUGCAGUAAGUUGAUUUGGUCAAACGGAAGUUUUCUGCGGAUUUUCCACUUGCUUCGCGUGAAGCGAAUUUUUCAUUUGUCUUUGAUCUCUCAACUGGAACCAUCUGGAACUAAUUGAUAAAGACAAGUGGAAAACCGACUUAAGUAUGGGUAGUUUGAAGUCUUCUGGUAUCUUUAUUGCACAAUUAUUCUGAAAAAUAAAUUUUUCAGUGCAGCAAGGCUGUUUUUACAAAACUAUUUUUUAUAAAUGGCUUGCGCACAAAAAUGCAAGGUUUAAAGCGCAAUUUGAAUUGAUAAAAUGCAAACUUGGAAGGUGUUUUGUGAACUGUCAAAGUACCAGACGAUUUGAUGUGCAUUAAAUCCAACGCGCGAGCUCUAACGCCCGUAUUCUAAAAGCGCACUCCCGCACACUCACACUCAAAGCGUGGAGGUUCAAUCUGGGCUUCCCUUGAGUGUCAGUGCUGUUUUUGAAUAGCUGGAGGGUGAGUAGUCACAUAGUAAGGUACUAAACUAACCCUCCAGCUAUUCAAAAACAGCACUGAUACUCAAGGGAAGCUUUGAGUGUGACUCACACUGUGUGAGUGAGAUUUUAGAAUACAGGCGUAAAACUUGGACUUUUUUGCUUUUGUAGCCUUUCACGCAUAAUUUAUCAAACGCAAAACUGAUUUUAUGCAUGAUUGAUUUUACUCAUGAUUGAAUUCUUACAUACUCUUUCCACAAAGUUUAAAAAGGCUGCCAUGGCAAAAAAAUUAAAGUCCAAGUUUUAGAGGUCACGCGUUGGCCUUAAUGUACAUCAAGUUAUCAGGUACUAAUUUGAUAGUCCACAAAACACCUUCCAACUUUGCACGCUAUGACUCCAAAUUGCGCUUCAAAUCGUUCAUUUUUGUGCGCCAUGCUUAAAGUGGUUUUAAAAAACAGCCCUACUGCGCGCAACAGAGAUACCAGAAGACCUCCUAACUACCCAUACUAACCUAAGGGUUUCGCAAAUUUUGCAGAACUUUCAGUUUAGUGGACAUUUUAGAACUGUGUACUAUUUUAAUGCACCCUGUAUAAAUCUUUUCGGUUUACCUGGUUUUAUAAAUUAACUACAACAAAAUCAACGUUAUUUUCAUAUCACCGGACAAACGUUGUUAUAGAUCUACAAACAAGUUGUAACAUGGUUGUUGUCAAGUGAAUAUCAGGAUUUAGUAUUUUUGCACAAGUGAACAUAACAAAUCCUACAAGUUGAUUGGUCAAAUUUGCAGCUAGCCGUUUUGUGGACGUUAUACUGAUAAAAAAUAAGCGAAAUUAAAAUAAAUUCAGUCCCAAAAAACACAAAAAUACUAAAACAAUUAUUCGGCUCAGGCUCGGUGAUUAUUGGGGAAUAUUCACCUCGACUUCGUCUCGGCCAAAAUUCCCCGAUAAUCACCUUGCCUUUGGCGAAUAAUUGUUAAGUGUUUGUACUGCUUGUUCCCAGUUGUUUCGACAAGUCUGCAACAAGUUGUUAUCAACCUUGCUACAAAGUUGAUGAUGGGAACAGACGAGUUGUUUAAACAAGAAUAAUACAGGCUGUUUGCGUCACAAGUUGCUGCAAGCUUGUUGUCCUCAACUUCUCAACAACUUGUUACGUGCAGACGAUUGUUGGAACAAUUUAUUGCGAGUCUGCUGACCUCGUCAACUUUAUCAUAAGGUGAUAACAACUUGUUCCAGACUUGUCAACAACUGCGAACAAGCAUUGCGAAUACAUAUAUUGACAAAUUGCGAGAUUUUUGAGCGUGUAGUAAAUAAAACCAAAAAGUGAGAUUAACACAUUAUUGAAACCGAGCGAAUACCCCAAAGAAGACGCCAUGGGGCCUUGGUCAUCCACAUGUAAUCCAGAGCUCAAUUUUUAACGAGAGACAAAGUAAAAAUCGCUCUGGGGUCGAGAAUUAGCUUUCAUGGGAAACGUCUAUUAGUCUCUUACAAACUAUUUGUUACUAAUUCUUUCAAUUUUUCUAGAAAUAUCCUGUCCUGAUCCUAGUAUACCAAGCAAUACG